GUCUGUGCAUGGUCAAUAUUGUGAGGAUUAAAGCAGAUGACUACGUGCUCCCAAUGUCACUUGGUCCAAAUGGAGAAGUAAAUGUCGAUUUCAAAGGGAUAAAUUUCAUUUUGGACUCUGAAUAUGGACUAACACUUGAAGAUGGGGACUGUACAUACCAGGUGAAAUACGAAAACCCAACCGCAAAACAAUCGAAAGGCAAAAGUGACCAGCGUUUUGGUUCAGUGAAUUGUAACAGUUGGGAACAAAGAAGCCGUUAGAGUAUCGAUGAAUUGUAAACAAACUUGGAGCUGCAGCAAAAUCAGACUUCACACUCACUGUAUAACUGAAAAGUAGUCUCCACUGUGCUUAGUCCAAUGCUCUGCUCAGAUAUUAGUAAAAUUAACACGCUCCAUCUUCUGAAUAUUCUUGUUUGUCUUUCUGUAGAUUAGAUCUUCU